AUGCAGUUAUUCUGGUAUCUUUCUUUUCGCAGCGAUAAACAGCAUGCCCGGACCCCAUGUGAUACAUAUGUGACCUUUCAACAAUCUAGCAUCAGGAGGAUAGUUUCCGCCAUCCGGAGUGAACCGAACGGCCGUGUCACCAGAAAGCACGGCUGGGGGAAACCAUCAAGUGCGCUACGCCAUCCCACGUGUCCGGAACUGAGAUACCAUCGUUGGUGCAGACAUAAAAGUCCAGACGACGGAACGCUUGACAUCGGCCCCCUAACGAUUUCGCAAUACCUGCAGGAGGCAGAGCUGUUGUGGCUCAAGGGACAACGGCGGAAGGAGGUAGGAGGUAGGAUGGUUCAAGUCUCGUUAAAGUCCUAUUAUUGUACUUGGUCUGUUCUUAACCUUCUUUUAACUUUGCCCUUGUACCUGCACGCACUGCAAGUUAGCAAGUCCAAGCUCUCGUAG